GCCCCAGCAUGGCGGAGGCGCACCAGGCCGUGGCCUUCCAGUUCACAGUGACCCCGGACGGGGUCGACUUCCGGCUGAGUCGGGAGGCGCUGAAGCACAUCUACCUGUCGGGGGUCAACUCCUGGAAGAAGCGCCUGAUCCGGAUCAAGAAUGGCGUCCUCCGGGGCGUGUACCCCGGCAGCCCCUCCGGCUGGCUGGCCGUCACCAUGGCAACCGUGGGCUCCUCCUACUUCGAUGUGGAUAUCUCCCUGGGUCUGGUCUCCUACAUCCAGAAGUGGAUCCCUGACAGGGGAUUUAGCUCCUUGCAGGUGGAGCAGACACGGGAGUUGGUCAGCAUCGCCAUCUUCUCCACGGGGUUGUGGAUGACGGGCAUCUUCUUCUUCCGCAAGUCGCUGAAAGUGCUGCUUUCCUACCACGGUUGGAUGUUUGAGAUGCACGGCCAGACCAGCCGCUUCACCAAAGUCUGGGCUAUCUGUGUCCGCCUUCUGUCCAGCCGGAAGCCCAUGCUCUACAGCUUCCAGUCAUCCCUGCCCAAGCUCCCUGUGCCCAAAGUGUCAGCCACGAUCCAGCGGUACCUGGAGUCUGUGCGCCCCCUGUUAAAUGACGAGGAAUUUGACCGCAUGGAAAAUCUGGCCAAGGAGUUCCAAAACAAAACUGCCAACAAGCUGCAGAGGCUUCUCAUUCUCAAGUCCUGGUGGGCCACAAACUAUGUGAGCGACUGGUGGGAAGAAUUUAUCUAUCUUCGAGGCCGGAGCCCCCUCAUGGUGAACAGCAACUAUUAUGCCAUGGACUUUGUGCUCAUCACGAACACAGAGGUGCAGGCCGCUCGCCUGGGUAACAUUGUCCACGCCAUGAUAUUGUAUCGCCGUAAACUGGAUCGUGAAGAGAUCAAGCCUGUGAUGGCACUGGGCAUCGUACCCAUGUGCUCCUACCAGAUGGAGCGAAUGUUCAACACCACCCGCAUCCCUGGCAAGGACACAGACCUGCUGCAGCACUUGAAGGAGAGUCGGCACGUGGCUGUGUACCACAAAGGCCGCUUCUACAAGCUGUGGCUCUACAAUGGCUCCAGCCUGCUCAAGCCACGCGACCUGGAGAUGCAGUUCCAGAGGAUCCUGGAUGACCCAUCUCCACCACAGCCCGGGGAGGAGAAGCUGGCUGCCCUCACAGCGGGGGGAAGAGAGGAGUGGGCGCAAGCACGCUGCAAGUUCUUCAGCUGUGGCAAGAACAGGGUGGCCCUGGAUGCCAUUGAGCGUGCUGCCUUCUUCGUGGCCCUGGACGAGGAGUCUCACCAGUACAACCCCGACGAAGAGGCCAGCCUCAGCCUCUACGGCAAAGCCUUGCUGCACGGCAACUGUUACAACAGGUGGUUCGACAAGUCCUUCACACUCAUUGCCUUCAAGAAUGGCAAGCUGGGCCUCAACACGGAGCAUGCGUGGGCAGAUGCCCCCAUCAUCGGGCACCUCUGGGAGUUCGCUCUGGCCACUGACACUUUCCACCUGGGCUACUCGGAUACUGGACACUGCCUGGGCAACCCCAAUCCUAUGCUGGCGCCUCCCCAGCGGCUGCAGUGGGACAUCCCUGAUGAGUGCCAAGAGGUCAUUGAGCAGUCCUACCAGGUGGCCAGGGCACUGGCAGACGAUGUGGAGCUCUACUGCUUCCAGUUCCUGCCUUUUGGCAAAGGUCUCAUCAAGAAGUGCCGCACCAGCCCAGACGCCUUCGUGCAGAUCGCCCUGCAGCUGGCCCACUUCCGGGACAGGGGCAAGCUCUGCCUAACCUAUGAAGCCUCGAUGACAAGAAUGUUUCGGGAGGGACGGACCGAGACCGUUCGUUCCUGUACCAUGGAGUCCACCGCCUUUGUUAAGGCCAUGAUGAAGGGAAAUGUCCUGAAACCGGACCUCAUCGACCUCUUCCGGAAAGCUGCGGAGAAGCACCAGAACAUGUACCGCCUAGCCAUGACAGGGGCUGGGAUUGACAGGCACCUCUUCUGUCUCUAUGUGGUCUCCAAGUUCCUAGGGGUCAAUUCCCCCUUCCUGGCUCAGGUCCUCUCGGAACCCUGGCGCCUCUCUACCAGCCAGACCACUCAAUUCCAGAUUGGCAUGUUUGACCCAAAACAGUACCCCAAUCACCUGGGCGCUGGAGGUGGCUUUGGCCCUGUGGCAGACGAUGGCUAUGGGGUUUCCUACAUGAUCGCAGGUGAAAACACCAUGUUCUUCCACAUCUCCAGCAAGUUCUCCAGCUCAGAGACAAAUGCCCAGCGCUUUGGGAACCACAUCCGUCAAGCUCUGGUGGACAUUUCCAAUCUCUUCAAAGACUCCAAGAGCGACAGCUGAGCGCUGAGAGUGUGCCAACAGCCCCAUCACCUGGUACCUGAAGGGACACCAUGCACACAUGCUGAGGCUCCAGUGACACCUGUGGGGAUGGGCACAGAUGGGUCGUGGAUGCUCCCCAAGGCCUUGGUGGUGGAGGUGGGGUUGGAGCAGGGAGGGAAGUUUGAUUUUUUUUCUUGCUGGAUACUAAUAAAAAUAAGGCUGUCUAAUUCUCUCUUA